UAUGUUUGUGUUUGACUGAACUGGUUUCACAAGAUUUUGCUGAGAUACAGAGAGACUUGAGGCUGGGACUGGAACGUAUUCUUUUCCUGAAUUCGUGUGUUGAAGCAUAUUUUGUUGUGUCUGGGAUUCACUAUGGAAGACCAGACUGAAAAUACUCAGAAAAGAGCUUUAAGGGACUCAACACCAAAAGGGGAUGAAGAAGAAGUUGACAAUAAAAGGUGGAAAUAUGAGGAAGAUGAUGGUUCAAGGAGAGAAAUGUCCGAGAAACGAUCUUCAUCUCAGCCAACAACAAAACAAAAAAGACAUAAAGGAGACCCUAAAAACAGGGAAAUAAUUAGAAAACGAGAUGUUUUGGACAAACACAUAUUUUAUACAAGAUUCAAUGCCUAUGAGGACAAAAUUGAUUUGCUGAUAAAUUCUCGGAAAAAAAUAUGUACUUUUUUAAAAAGAAUAGGAAUGGAUGAAAAUACUUUUCUAAAACAUUUUACACAGAGAAUAGAAAUUCUGAUGAAAGACAUUAAAAAAAAAGAUUACAAUCAAGAAUUUAUAAUUUUUGGAAAACUAGAAUUGUUCCUGGAACACUAUUUAAAGACAAAUGUUUUACAAGACAAACACAAAACCAUUGAAGCACCAAAAAUAAUCACAAAAUUUCGGCCUCUUCAGCCAGUUGUGACUAGAGAAGCAAACAUUGAGGAAUCUGGAGAAGAAUUUGAAGAAAUCCCAAUAAUAUCCAAUAUUGUCAUCAUAGAGGAGGGAGUGAUGACAUAUUCCCACCAUUGCAAGAUAAUAAGUUUAGUAACAAGAGACAGUGACAGAAUUGAUGUCCAUUGUCCAUCUUCUGUGACCAGUUUCACAAGAAUCAGUGAAGACAUGGUUCUGGCAACCCUCCCCUUCCAUGAAAUGAUUCUUAUUAUCAGCCCCAAAACCUUCAAGAUCAAAAGGAUACAGUUGGGGUUACAUAUGGUGAGUUACUUGGAAGAUUCUACACUCUUAGGUGUAGAAAUGUUUGGUAAGACUGUUUACCAAUUUGAUUGGGAGGAUAACACCAUUAACUAUCAAUUUAUUACCAAAGAAACCCCUACAGAUAUUGCUGUAGGGGUCCAGAAUAUACUUGUAAUUACAUUCGCCAGCAUCAACAGAGUAAUCUGUUACAAACUGGAUGGCCAACAGUUAUGGGAGGUAGAGACCCAUUCUCUGCACCUCCCAAGUAAAAUCUCUCUCUACCAAAAUUAUUUCUAUGUCCUCCAGGGACAAAUAAUUUAUAGGAUUUCAGCUAAAGGUGGUGUAACAAGGAGGGACAUUGGCAGGAAAUGCCGCUCUAUUUCUGUUGGUAAAGAUACCAUUUUGGUAACAGAUUAUUGCGGCAAACCACAUGGUAUUCAAAUGAAUAAAGACUUUUGGCCCAACCUGUCAUACAACCACCAGCUACAUACUCCCAGUUUAAAAGACUAUAUUGAUAUUGAGGAUUGCUACAACAUUACAAAUAUUCUACCUAUGUCUACAUCUUCUAUAUUAAUAAUUUACAAAAACAAGAAAGCUAAAUUAUUCACUGAUAACGGGGAAAUAAUUAACCAAAAUAAUUCAGUUUUCCUUGAGCUUCCUUUUUUCUGUUGUAGAAUAAACGCAAACAGAUUCCUGGUAUUUUAUUGUGAAAUGAAAGGAUUUCAGUAUAUCACCUGUCCUGAACUAAGAAAAGGCCCUUUAAUAAAGGUGCAAACUGGUUACAUGAAAAUAUGUCAUAUUGUAUCAAAUAAGUAUUUAGCUGUGACCACCAAUGAAAACAAAAGCGAGGUCCAAAUCCUAUUGAUCAACGAAGAUAAAGUUGACAUUGCAGAAAGAAUUUCUCUGGGACAUCAUAAUGUCAGCAUUGCUGCAACUCCAAUUAAUUUUGUAGUCGUAGAUGGAAACGAAAAUAAAAUGGUAUUUUAUUCCACAUGGACAAACGUUUUCACAAUGAAUUCUGAUUUAAUCGGAUCUAAACCAUCUGAAGAAUAUCUGUAG